ACUCUAAAAUGUAAUAUCUCGACCUGGCACUCUUCCUGAACGCACAAGUGUGCGUGUCUUCAAUACAGACACAAUAAACAGAAAUUCGUUUACCAGAAUUUUUCCAACAAGCCUCAGAAGCAUCUCUUAGUUGACUUGAUAUAGUGCUGUGCUAAAGAGUGCCGGGUAGCUGAUAUUUGGAUGAAGAAAGACUACCCAAAUUGCGUAGAAGAGAUGCUGCCGACUCGGAUUGAAAUCACCCGCCUGACAUGUUUGGUGCUGCUUUUCCACUGUUUAGCUCCGUCAGUAGAUGCUGUGUAUAAAUGCAGGGAGGAUCAGUUCAGCUGUGAUAACAGGAAAUGUAUCACCAGCCGAUGGGUCUGCGACGGAGGUGAUGACUGCGGCGAUGGGUCGGACGAGCUGCCCGCCGCCUGUGCGGCUAAGACCUGCCGGCCCAAUGAGUUCAAUUGUGGAGCACCGCGGAACCAGUGUAUCCCUGGAACGUGGCACUGCGACGGCAAAGCGGACUGUGACAAUGAAGCAGAUGAGAAAAGCUGUGCCACAAAGACCUGCAGUGACAACCAGUUCAGCUGUUCCAACGGCCAGUGCAUCGCCAAAUCGUUUGUGUGCGACAAAGACAACGACUGCUCCGACGGUUCUGACGAGACGUCCUGCCCCACGGCGACCUGCGGCCCCUCCGCCUUUCAGUGUAACAACACCGUGUGCGUGCCGAGCCUCUGGGCCUGCGACGGCGACGCCGACUGCGCCGACGGUUCGGACGAGUGGCCCCAGAACUGUGCCGGGAGGGACACCAAACCCACCCCAAAGACCUGUGGGACGCACGAGUUCCACUGCGGAAGCGGCGAGUGCAUCCACAAGAGUUGGAGGUGUGACGGAGGAAAGGACUGUGUGGAUAACUCAGACGAGACCAACUGCACCCGGGCCACCUGCCGGCCUGAUGAGUUUCAGUGUACCUACGGCUCCUGCAUCCAUGGUAGCCGACAGUGUGAUGGCAGGAUUGACUGCAGGGAUCUGAGCGAUGAGAUGGGCUGUGCACGUGUAAAAACAUGCACCGGUCCGGAUAACUUCAAGUGUCAGUCUGGCGACUGCAUUGCCAUGGACAAGGUCUGCAAUGGGCGGAGCGACUGUCGCGACUGGUCAGACGAACCGGUCAGCCAGUGUGGCAAAAAUGAGUGUCUAGCUGAUAACGGCGGGUGCUCUCACAUCUGUACUGACCUGAAAAUUGGUUUUAAUUGUUCCUGUGGUGCUGGAUACAGUCUAGGGGAGGACAUGAAGAGCUGUAAAGAUAUUGAUGAGUGUGCCAGCCCAGACACCUGCAGCCAGAUCUGCGUGAAUGUCCCGGGAAGCUACAAGUGUGAGUGUGAGGAGGGCUACGACCUGGACCCCAAGACCCACACCUGCAAGGCAAUCUCAGGUACAGUCCCAUACCUGUUAUUCACGAACCGCCACGAGGUGAGGAAGAUGACCACUGAUCGCAGAGAAUACGAACGUCUGAUCCCAAGUCUGAGGAACGUGGUGUCCCUUGACAUGGACAUGCCUGGGAAAAAGAUCUUCUGGUCUGACCUCCACCACAAGAAGAUCUACAGCGCUGACAUUACCCAGGCUGGGAACUCCUCCUACCACAGUGUGGUGAUUGACAGCGGGUUGGAGGCGCCGGAGGGCCUCGCCGUUGACUGGAUCCACGGCAACAUUUACUGGACGGACAGCGCUCGCAGGACUAUCACCGUGGCAACGACAGACGGUACUCGGAGAAAGACGGUGAUCAAUGAGGGGCUGGAUAAACCCAGAGGCAUCGUGGUGGACCCCGUCAAGAAUUUCAUGUACUGGACCGAUUGGGGGGAUGAGGCGAAGAUCGAGAAGAGUGGGCUGAACGGAGCCAACCGCGUUCCCUUGGUAACCGACAACAUUUUGUGGCCGAAUGGCAUCACUCUGGACAUGGUUAACCAGAGGCUGUACUGGGUGGACUCUAAAAUGCACACCCUCUCCAGCAUCGAUGUCAUCGGAGGCGGACGACACACGCUCAUCUACAACGAGGAAAAGCUGUCUCACCCCCUCUCUCUCGCAGUCUUUGAGGAGAAAGUAUUCUGGACUGACAUGGAAAACAACGUGGUCAUGAGUGCCAGCCGCUUGACAGGAAUGAACAUCACGGUACUGGCAGCCGACCUGAACCAGCCGGAAGACAUCAUCGUGUACCACGACCUCAAGCAGCCUGUCGGAACGAACUGGUGCAGAGGUGAUGAAUUAGUGAAUGGAGGUUGUGAGUUCCUGUGUCUACCUGCGCCCCAGAUCAAUCAACACUCCCCCAAAUACACCUGUGCCUGUCCGGAUAACAUGAGGCUGGGCCCAGACAUGAGGAAGUGCAUUGCAGGAACCACCGCUCCCCCUGCCGAGCCCAAAACGGUCCCUCCCGGACAUCCAACCAAACCCACCACCACCAUCACCACCACCACCACCACCACAUCCAGUGCCCCCCGAGUCCAACCCCCGGAUCCAACCACCAGGUCCUCAACCACCCACAGCCCCCAGGGGGCUGAGGUCACAGGGCAGAAUGGAUAUGUUGCCAUGCCCAAAGCGGCCGAGUCCUCACACCCCAUAGCAAUCUACAUCCUGAUACCAAUCGUUACGUGCAUGGGGCUGUUUCUCACAUUGUGGCUGUGGAGAACCUGGCGGCUGAAGAACACCAACACCAUCCACUUCGACAACCCUGUGUACCAGAAGACCACCGAGGACGAGAUGCACAUCUGUAGGACGAGUGAGGACGGCUACUCCUACCCAGAGAGACAGAUGGUUCGACUGGAUGAAGACCUGGCAUGACUAGUAGAGGAAGAAGAGCAGGUGGACAUGAAGCGUUGUAUUUAAAAAAAACAAGGACUUUUAUCUUGUACGAAAAGGUGACAGAUGAAAACGAUGGAGGUCAUUUUGACACUGAUGCUGCUGACACCCAUUAGUUCCAGUUCCAGUGUGAGCACCUCAUCGCUGCGACCUCAUUUACUCCUGUAAGAAAGAAAAAGAAAAGAAAAAAGGAAUGGAAGGUGGGAAGUUUCAAAUGCAAACCACUUGAAGACGACCAUCCAUCCUUAAUGCUCUUGGGGACUUUUAUCGGGCCUUGAAAAUGAGUGUUCUAGUGAACUACAACCCUGAAGAAAAAGGACUUAAAAAUGAACGCUAGUGUGAAUGCAGAGAUGACGUGUUGGCCCUUCAUAAUUCUCUCAUGUAGAUCUCUUUUCCUGAUGUAGCUUCUGGAGACACGUUGAAGUUCUGACAGUGACAAAUGACUCCAUAUGUUUUUGUUUUAUAUCAUUUUGCAGCUUUUUUCUAAAUGUGUACAUUUGGCUUGUUGCUGCAGUGUAUGUACACUACCUUUUGUUUAAAUUUUGCACAUAGUUGUGCAUUGCACUAUACGCACCAAGGACAACCUAAAUCUCCUAUACAUUCCAUUGUUAACGUCAGUUUGGGACUGCCUCCUUGGUGAAGAAAAUACAAUUUGCACAAGAUUGUGAUUUAAAUAGGCUGCAGUUAAAGAGCUGUCUUGUCAUGUCUUGUCACACAAUCAGUGUGUAUGUUUACUGUGUACUUACAGGGGUGGAAAUUAAUCUAGCUUGUGGCUGGUACUCCUCUGACAGGGCUGCUGGACAAUGGUGGCCAGCGUGGCCGCUGACCAAAACCUUUAUGUUCCAUCGCUGUGUGCUUACCAAUGUAGAAUAAGAACUUUGUAGUACAUCGUCAACUGACACGGACACGCCGCGACUAGUCGGUUUAUCACCAAACAUCCCCUGAAAGUCUUUGCUGUCAACACAAGCAUUCCUACACUCACUCUUCCAAUGCAAAGGUGUGGCAAAGCACAGUGCGAUGGGCAGCGAACAGGGAAGUCCUUGUGACCUUCUUAUAGCGUAGCCACACUACGUACGUCUGAGGGUAGUUCUCGUCUUUGCGUCGACAGCAGCCAUUCUGUCUCCGGGUGAACAUUAUCUCAUGGCCUCCUGUGAACUAUUGGCUUCCAUCAGCCAGUGAUUGGCUAACUGCCGCUGGUCGGGACAUGGCUUUACACACCUUUUUGGCCUUUCAAACUAUGAACAUAUGCAUCAAAUUACACACAAUUCUAUUAUCUCCGUGAGCACGCCUCCUUUUUAUGGCCAGUUUUGAGGAUAACAGAAGGCUGGGUGUUUAUUAUUUCUUUGGAAAGGGGUGGGGGUAGGUGUGUUGUAUUCUGCUCUGUAAAGAGUAAAGCCUUGGGUUGUAACGACAGGAUGAAUGAUGACUUCUGAGAUUGUUUAUAAACUGUGUAAGUCUUUGUAAAUAGUUCACUGUAUGUGCCUGUUGCAUUUUAUUUUAUUUUUUCAAAAAGACUUGAAGAUUUUUUAUGUAAAUAUUACAGAUACAUUUUAUUUAUUGCAAUGUGUUUAUUUUAUGUAAAUAUAUACGUGGUAACCCAGUAAAUGUAUUCCCAUCUGAGUUAAAAAAA